CCGCGGACUUCGGGUUCGACGACCGAGAGCUGAGUGCGACGCAGUUGCGGUUGGAGCUCGUCCGGGAGUCUUUGUGCUAUCACCCGGAGGACGGGUACCUGCACCUUUUCGAUUGCCGCGUCCCUUCUCCAGCGGAGGAGUGGCUCCGGUCUUUCGACGCGCGCGACCUUCCCGCGCGGGUGGUCGCCGAGGCGACCCCGGAGCGUAAGAGCUCGAAACUGCUCAAGAUGGCCUCGAAGCAGCGGGACGGGAAUUAUGUCGGUCUACUGACGAUGGUGGCACCCCCCGCCGCCGACGGCAGUAGUGCCCCGCCCUCCGGCGCCGCGAGUUCCUCCAGUAACGACCAAGCUGCCACCACCAGUAGCGCGCACGGCGCCCCGAAAGAGUAUCGCGGGGUGCUGGAUCCGAGUGGGGCCCUGCAUUUGUAUCUGGAGCUCAGCCUGCUCGACGGGUGCAGCCCCCGGAGCAGCGGCAUCCCGGCGGAUGUUGCGAUUGACGUGAGUCAGUACAAAAUUGAAAUCCCCGAGAAGCACGUGGUCGCCGCCGCGGGGCUCCUCGACGAGCGCGCCGCUUUCUGCCUGGUGCACCCAUUGGCCGGGAGCUUCUUGUUUGCCGCAGAGUCCGCCAUCCUGCGGCGCGCCUGGAUGAAGAAGUUGCGCAAAUUCGCGGUCGAAGAGGAUUUGUCCGACCACAAGCCGCAGCUGCCGAACCCGAACCAGCGGACCCGGUUGAGCGUGAUUCACCCGGCCGAAACCCCGGACGACGCCUUCACUUCCGACGGGGACCAGGCACGGUCCUCGCAGUCCUCCAGUGCGUUUCCGAGCAGCGGUUCUUUAGUAGGACCCGUUAAUAACAACAGCGCGGGGGGGAUCCUCCAUGUUGACAACGGCACGAGUAGUACUUUCACCGCAGAUGGAUCACGGGAAAUGCAAAAAUCUUCCGACACGACACAGUUGCUCGACGUCAAAGCUGGUGGAGCACCCGGAGCUGCGAAGAAAAGCGGCAGCUGUUCCAGUAGUUCCAGCAGCAGCUCGUGUUCGUCCUCCAGCUCUUCGUUUUCCGAGGAGGACCAGUUCUUUUCCCGCGCCGACGGCGGGCGGCGCAAGACGAUGGGGCGGUCGGUGGAUCCGUUGGCGCACCGGCGCAUGUCGGUCGAGAUGCUGCUCGCGAAGAUGCAGCAGCUGAGCCCCUCGUCCCGGCAGAAGCGGCGGGAGAGCUACCUGGAGUUCGCGAGCCGGGAGCAAACCGUGAUCGUUUUGGACUGGGACGAUACGCUGUACCCGACCACCUGGGUGCGCGGCGACGUGGGUCUGAGCUACAAGUACCCGCUCGAGUGGCAGGUGGAGGAGGGCCCGCGGUGCGAGCAGUUGAAGGCGAAGUUGCGGCACCUGGAGCAGGAGGCCAUUUUACUCCUCCGCAACCUCGUGGUCCAGGGCCGCGUGCUGCUGGUCACGCUGGCCAAGGCGCCCUGGGUGGAGAUGAGCUCGAAGCAUCUGACCCCGCGCCUGCACAAGUGCGUGUUUGAGGAACUGCAAAUCCCGAUGCUGUACGCCUCGGAGUACGGGAAAAUGGUGCCGGUGGAAAACAACUCCUCGCCCGAGGAGCGGUACGUGUGCAUGAAGGCCCUGGCAAUCGCGGACGGCGUGGGACAGCUGUACCUGCAGUACCCUGGGCAGACCUGGAAAAACGUGAUUUCCAUCGGCGAUUCAGACUUCGAGCGGAUCGGCACGCAAACCGCGAUCAAUGACUACUACGAGCGGUAUGUGAAAUAGGAAACGGAAAAAAGCUACAGUGCAUAAUCAUACUCAGUUGCGAAGUGCAAAAGCAGAUCUGAGCAAAGGCAUCCGCGAUCGGGCCAGGCCCGCAGCCAGGGUUUUAAGCUAGGAGAGCAGGCAGAGAUAAUUUCAUGCGUGUUCUUUCAUCUCGUUUUGCAGCACCAAUAUCUCUGGCAUGACGCUGGCUUUUUUUCUCCGCGAUACGAAUAGCAGCUCGACCGCCGGCGUCGUCCCCCUGACCGCGACGAUUACCUCUUCCGUGUCAGAUGUGGCCAGCUCCGUGGAGCAAGUUGAUGGAAACAAUUUCGCCGCUUGCCCUUCUGGCAGCACAACUUCAGGCACAGCGACCGGAGCUGCUGGUGUCGUCCCAGAUUCGUCGUGUAGUCUACCGAACCUGCUGUCAACAUCUUCCCCCACCUCUUCGUCUGCGGACAACAAUAACUCUAAGAUAGACAUGAAUAACAGUUCCCUACUCAACACCGCGAGCUCGGAGGAGAAGCAAGGGCUCGUUGGUGGGGCGGCCGGGAUGAAACAGGAUGGUCGGGAGCAGGAGGGAAGUGGUCUCGUUGUUGAUCAUUCGCAAGGCGCAGCAAGAACAGCCUCCAGUUUGACCACGCAGGAGGAACUUUUACCAGAAAGCGGCGGUCAUUCCCCCACCGCCGCGGUUGACUUAGGUAACACGGCCCACUUGAACCAGGAAGCUGCCGCGCGCGUGGCUGCCGGCAACGCCAACUCGCCUCUGAAGAUUUGGAUGCAGUCCGGCCGGUACGAGGGCAUCAACGCGCAUAGUGGGCAUUUUUUGCGGGUGCGCUGCAAAACGGUCAAGUUGCUACCGGAGCCGACGAUCGAGGAAUUGCUGGCCGAAUUGACCCUGCUGCGGCUCUGGUCGCAGGCCCUGGUCACCUCCGAGAACGGCGUGGACGUAGAGCUCACGACGUCCGAGGCAGACAGCGAAAUCCACGCCAUACACGAGCUACUCACCCGCUCCGACCCACCGCCGGACCUCUCCUGGCUCGUACUCUCCGGUCUCACCUGA